AUGACCAAGCUUGACACCCGUCUCGAUGUGGCCCCGGUCCCCCCUGAUGAGAUCUUCGCCCUGAACGGUGCCUACUUUGCCGAUACCGACCCGCAUAAGGUCAGCUUGGGUGUUGGUGUCUACCGAACCGACGAUGGCAAGCCCUGGCCCCUCCCCACCGUCCAAAAGGCCGAGAAGGCCCUCGUCGAGGACAACGACCUCUUCCGCCAUGAAUAUACUGCCAUCGAGGGUGAUGUGCCCUUCCUGGGCAUCGCCCGCGAUCUGAUGUUCGGAUUCGAGGGUAAGCAGAGCGAAGAAGAGGCCAAGGCCCGCAUUGGUACCGUGCAGACCGUCGCUGGUACUGGUGCCAACCACCUUGGUGCUCUCUUCCUCGCCCACCACAUGAAGCCCCGCAACGUCUGGCUCUCCAACCCCUCCUGGGCCAACCACCAGACAAUCUGGGAUUUGGCCGGCGUCCCCCGCAAGGCGUACCCAUACUACCAUGCUGCAACCCGGUCAUUCGACUUUGAGGGCAUGAUGAACACCCUGGAAUCCGAGGCGCUGGAGGGUGAUGCAGUGCUCCUGCACGCUUGCGCACACAACCCCACUGGUCUGGACCCCAACAAGGAGCAGUGGGUUGCCAUUGCCGAUCUCUGUGAGCGCAAGAAGCUCUUCCCCUUCUUCGACUCGGCCUACCAGGGCUUCGCUUCAGGAUCCCCUGAAGAGGACGCCUGGGCUGUCCGCUACUUCUUUAAUAACAAGCCGGAUAUGGAGAUGUGUGUCGCACAGAGCUUCUCUAAGAACUUCGGUCUCUACGGCCAGCGUGUCGGUGCUUUCCACUAUUGUCUCAACCGCAGCUCGACUAGUAUUCGUGACGUUGUCGUGGGUAACCUCUGCCAUCUCAUCCGUGGCGAGUUCUCCAUGGGCCCCCGCAGCGGCUGCAGCAUCGUCAAGAAGAUCCUUACUAGCGACGAGCUUACUGCCGAAUGGAACCAGGAUUUGCAGGUCAUGAGCUCGCGAAUCAAGACUAUGCGCCAGGCUCUGUACAAUGAGCUGAUCCGCCUGCAGACCCCCGGUACUUGGGAGCACAUUAUCGACCAGUCCGGCAUGUUCUCCUACACUGGCUUGAGCCCUAAGCAGGUUUACGCCCUGAAGGACAAGUACCACAUUUACCUGCUCAAGUCUGGCCGUGCCUCUAUCAGUGGCUGUAAGGAUACUCCCCACUAUGACUAUAAGAAAUACGAGCUGACAUCAUGCACAGUGAGCCAGAAGAAUGUCGCAUAUGUCGCACAGGCGAUUGACGAUGUCAUUCGCAAUGAGAACUAG